GUAUCGACGGCUGCGUCGUACCCGCUGUAUAUGGCGUAUACAUAGCUGUGUGGUGGAUGCUUUAUUACUGUGGAAAUGUGGUGUGUCAGCAGAUGUGCGAGUUGGUGCUCUGCGAUGUUUUUUUGUCUAUUUGCACCUGACUCGAACGUUUAUGCACAUAUUCGUCCGUGUCUUUCUCCCGGUUGACGACUGUGUCUGGGGCAUUGAUGUUGUUUUUUAUUCUAAUUUUUGUAUGCACUAUGUCGCUACUGUAAUGCAGUGUGGUGUUUCCUCGGGAAGGAUGUUUAUGGGUUGACUUCCGCCCUAAUGUGGGAAAAUGUUAUCCUGGUCGGAGACACUGUUUGAUAUCUUCGUCCUUUAUUCGCGGUUUCCUUAUUGCUCUCACUAAGCCAGUCAAUUUUUGAUUAUUUAUUUACUUGUUUGGAGAUUUCCGUUUUUUUGUGCUUUUAUAUUGUAACUUAUUUUAUAUUUAUUUUUUGUAACCUUUUGGAAUAGUUAUCAUAUGUUGUUCGAAUUGAAUUUAUCAUUUAUGCAUUUGGGACUUUUUCAUCUUUUCGCUUUAAUUUGAAGUUUUUCGCUUUAAUUUAAAGUUUUUUAAUAUUUUCUAAUUAAUUUAUUUUUCUCUUUUCACUUUCCAGAGUAACAGUUAUUUAAGCCGUUAAUUUAAUUAUUUUACUUUGUUAAUAAUGUCCGUGAAUAUCGAGCAACCAUUUGGCCCGACACAUCCCUUCAGUUUUAAAUCAUCCUUACUGGAUGACACCACUUCCGCCACAGGAAUGGCCGCUAUCAAUAGGGAAUUGAGUGGGGACUUUUCGCGGUUGAAAUCCGCAUGGGCUACAUCGUUCUCCAGUCCGAGUCUGUUGCAAUCGGGCUUGACUGAUCAUGAGUCGGAAUUACAUGACGACGUGUUCUUGCCCACGUUUUCGAAAGAACUGGAGAGAUUCUGGUCAAUGCCGUACGGUGGGAGUAUUAAUGCCGAUAUGUUGUCAUCCGGCUCCGCUACUUCAUCCUCCCCGGAUGCCGGGAAUAUGGUUAAUUUAUCGGAUGAUAGCGAUGUGGACGAUGAGCUGCUGCAUGGUAGUCUGAAAAGUGAGAGUAGUGGGCGGGGCAGUACAGGGCGAGGUGUGGACCCGGGGGAUGGUGGGGUGGGAUCAUCGUCGCCCGAUCCCGUAGGGCUUGGUGAGGAACCGGUGACGGUCUUGACGCUCGAUGAGAUUUUAAGCCGGUCGGCGACCAAGCGCAUCUGGGAUAACAAUGUACAGGGAAACGUGCACGAUGAUCGAGUACGGCUGUUUCAGGGACAACCUACGGGCCGUAAUCCUUUCUCUCCCGCCUGGAAAGAAAACAUGCCAUCGUUAUGGGGCAACAUCGCGAAUUCCGAUGGUCACAGUGUGUCGCAACCGAUUUCCGUGCAGGCGCAGCCAGGUCGCAACCGCGGCUAUUUUACCAGUAAUAACGCUGCUGCCGCCACCGGAAAUGCCGAAAUGCCUUGCAGCUCCAUACUGUCGCCUCGUUCACAAAACGAAGGCAUACGGCUCGUGUACGAUGUCUUAUCCUCAUCGCCGGCUACUGCGCCGAAAGACGUGCAGUUACGUCGGCGUAUGCAGCAGUUGUCGUUGAAUAAUCAGUCGGAUCAGGUGGAUCCUGAUGAUGCCGACAAAAGUCGAAAUGUAAACGAAGACGACGAUGAGAACCGGAAUAAUCAGACGGUCGUCGCGGAUGACAACCAUCCGGCUUCCACUAAUGGAAGCGGCAGCAAGGAGGAACGAUCAAAAGAAUCCUCCUCGGAUGGAAAAAGCAGUAAAGCCGGCAGUACUGGCGAUAUGCUUGAACCGUCGAAACGCGAAGAUAAACGGGAGAAUGAGGCGGGUUCCAAGAGUGACUCGAGCAGCGGCAGGACGUCUUCCAGUAGUCAUCGCGGCCAUGCAGAUAAUCACCGCACCGUACCGCAGCAUCGCAGUCAUCCGGGGAAUAAUUCCGCCAACGUGCCCAGCAAUGCCGUGCGGAUGCCGCCGGCCAACAUGUACAACCAGACACAGCCAGUGUACGCGCUGGGACUGCAGAACGGGAACUCCCGGUACAUUCCCACAGCGCCGAUGCCCAUGGCGGGCAAUCAGGACAGUAACAAUAUGGAUUUGUCACAUUUUGCCUUCCCGGAGAACGUCAAUAUGUACGAAUACCCCAAUCCCGGUGGGGUCGUGCUUUCGUCGUCCAUGGAGCUGCCUGGCAUGAUGGAUUACAGUCAGAUGGCUGUUCAGCGACCGCAAGCGGUGAUUAUGCAACCGCAGGCGAUGUACUCGACGGCAAUGGUGCCAUCCGCGUAUCCGGAUCCCUUUGGCGGCCAGCCGGGCGCACAACAGAUGGCCCAGAGCCCGAACAUCUACGGCACGGUCUUUGGAGCCGCGCAACCCGGUACUUCCUGGCCGUACAUGUACAGUCCCGCGGCGGGUCCCACCGGCGCCCCCGCGCCGCCCACCAACAAUGGGAAUCGUGAUGGGCGCACGUCGCCGUUGGGCUACACGACGGGGCAAGGCGCCCCCGAUGCCAAUAAUAACGCCAAUGUGCAAGCGCCACUACAAAGUGGAUAUCUGUUCUCCCCGGCCUACUGGGAUCGCAAUUCCGGUCAGAUCGUGCCCAUCGGCAGUCCGCAGCAGGUGGGCGGAAUGAUGCCAGCAUACCGGAUCGUCCAGCCGGUGAUGGUUAAUCCGGCGUCCGGAGUUGGCGUGGGAGGUGUACAACAGCCGCAACCACAACAGCGUCGCGAUUCGAUGGAUUACAGCCGUCGUACGCAACAGUUCUUCGCCCCGGUUCCCAUGGUAGGCCCGAUGAACAUUGCGGGUUCACCGCUGAACAGCCACAUGGGAAUGUACGCGGUGACCGGUGCGGCCAGUCCGCCGCCCAUGUUCAACGGCAACGAGAUGGUCUCGCCGCCGUACCAUCAGUCUCAACAUAUGCCGCAUCACGGUGCUCGGCGGAGCUCGUUCGGGAAAGCCGGAACGAAUUACGGGAACCAGCAUCGCUCCAGUGGAGCGUUCCUGCCGAAUCAGGCCGGCGGCAUCUACGAUCGGUCACCGCCCAAUUCAAAUGUGCAGCGGAGCCGGCUUUUGGAAGAUUUCCGAAAUAACCGAUAUCCGAAUUUGACGUUCCGCGAAGUUCAGGGCCACAUCGUGGAGUUUUCUCAGGACCAACACGGUUCACGCUACAUCCAGCAGAAGCUGGAGCGUGCAACACUGCACGAGAAGCAGAUUGUGUAUAACGAAAUCGCCCCGACAGUUCUGCAGCUGAUGACCGAUGUCUUUGCUAAUUAUGUUGUCCAGAAAUUCUUGGAGCUGGGCACACCGGAGCAGAAGUUGGCGCUGGGCGAUUUAAUCGUCAGUCAUGUGAUUCCGCUGUCACUGCAGAUGUACGGCUGUCGCGUGGUGCAGAAGGCACUGGAAGUGAUGAAUAAAGAUCAGCAGCGGCAGAUUGUUAUGCAGUUAGAAGGCAAUGUGGCCAAACUGGUCAAAGACCAGAACGGGAAUCAUGUUAUCCAGAAAGCCAUUGAGUGUGUACAGCCGGAUUUGAUUUCCUUCAUCUGUCAAGCCUUCCAGGGCCAGGUGUACAGUUUUUCCACACACCCCUAUGGUUGUCGUGUCAUCCAGCGCAUACUGGAGCACUGCACGGACGAGCAAACACGACCGAUUCUGGAUGAGAUGUUCCAAUACCUGAACGAUAUGGUUAUGAAUGAAUAUGGAAAUUAUGUUGUCCAGCAUGUGAUUGAACACGGAAAAGCCGAUGAUCGAGCGCGCUGCAUUGAAGCAUGCCGCGGACGCAUUGUAUCGCUCAGCCAGCACAAAUUCGCCAGUAAUGUAAUAGAAAAAUGUGUUCUGCACGGCAAUCGACAGCAGCGGAUCAAUAUCAUCGAGGAAGUGUGUACUUAUACCGACAACGGCCAAAGCGCCCUGUUCGCGAUGAUGCGCGAUCCCUUCGGGAACUAUGUUGUACAGAAACUGCUGGACAUUGCGGAGCCACCGCAGCGUAAACUCUUGCUACAUCAUAUUCGGCCCUUCCUGGGCCAGCUGCGCAAGCUAUCCUACGGGAAGCACAUUCUGAGUAAAGUGGAGAAAUUCAUGCCCUCCAAAUCGCCCAGCUCCUCCGGAUUGGGCUCCACCUCCUCCGCGGCGUCUGCUGCCGGAGGCGGAUUGGGAGCACUGGGCGGGAUGGGAUUGGGGAUGGGCGUGGGGGUGGGGAUGAUGUCGUAAGGAAAACGACGGAUGGCAGGGGAAUCCGACACUUCACAUGGACGAUUAACAAGUGAUACAUGGUGGUUCGUCGUUGUUGCGUUUUGGCUGGAAGCAAACAAAUUAGAGGUUUAUUUUUAGUUACAAUUUGUGGGCUUGUAUGUGUGUAUGUGUAUCGCAUGGUGAUUGUUGUAGAGAAGAUACCAGAGUUUUUGCAAAUUCAUAUUUUUUCGCCAGAUUUUUCUUUUUUUGUCAUAUUGUCAUAGUUAUAAUUUUUUGCUUCAUCACGGCGUAUGCUGAGUUGUUCAUCAUUCCAUUCGUCGCAUGGCGGAGCGGGUUGAUCCAAUUAUUACUUUGUGCCGGGAUGCGGAGAAGAUGCCCAAGAGGUGGCUAUAAUUUUUGGUUGUAUGCGUCGCUCUGUUCUUUAUGGUUCUUUGGUGUUCUGCCCGAUUCUCUUUAUUAACCCCCUUUUUGCUUUACUUUCUGAUUAAUUGUACUAUUAACGUUGUAGUUAUUUUGUAGAUAGAGUUGGCGCUUUUUUAUAUAGUUUAUGCUUGGGCCAGUGCUAUAAUUAUUAUGGAUGUUGUAUAUUUUACGUUGGAUGUAUUCUGUAAUAUGCUGUAAUCGUAUGUGUUGGCACGUGCAGCGAUUCUUUUUAAUUCAAAAAAAUUAAAAUUUACGCCAAAUUA